GAGAUUCGCACCUCGAUUUCCCAGCGUCCUCGAUAUCGAGCGCGCGAUGGCGUCGUUCGCUGACGGGGUCGAUGCCCUGGGCGGCCUCAUCGAGGAAUCUCUGUCGUCAGCAGAUGGGCUUCUCGGAAUGGUAGACGUGAUCCUCGAGAAGUUAAUUGCUAUUGGUAUGGCUGUGUGGCUGUAUCUAAAACCUCACCAAGUAGGCAUCCACCCUUCAAACAGAUAUGGAUUGGGCGCCAAGGCUUACGAGGUGCACGGGCCGGGGGCUAAGAUCGCGAGGAACAAAUUCAGUUUCGCGGCAACGGCUGGUUCAGUUUGCACCGAAGAUAAGAAUAGCACGAUUGCACAGUAUACCCAGGAGUUUCAGAGAUCGCCGAAUCUGUUUGGCAAAUCCCCGCCCGAAUCGAUUAUCGCAGGGAGCGUGAGCUCUGGGCAUGCGAAUCAGUUCCUGGUGGCUUGCUUAGAGAGGGUUGAGACGAAGGAGAAAACGACGUCCGACAUCGACGGUCGCAUCAACACGGGGCAGAUCCAAAGCAAAGAUAAACAAUGGAAAAACAAUGGAUUUGACACUGGGUUGAGGUGGUUGAUGGUGAAAAAGGAGGCAGAGGAACACUGGCCAAAACUUCCAGGUUUGAUCCAGUCGGCAAAGCAGGCGACGGGCCAGGUGCAGAGCGAAGAAACGCAUUUCGAGCUCUUGCUUCACAUCCAGGCCAUUGCAUCCGAGCAGGGGCGCGACGGGUCCGUAAUCGACUGGGCGAGGGUGAAGACCGAGGCGAGCAAAUCGGAAUCGAAGUACGUUGACGAUAUCGACGCACGCGCUGACUUCGUGGCGAAAUAUGGCGGGGGGUCCCAGGGCCAGUUCAUCAAGGACCUCGUGCAGUUCGUGUCAUGGUGCGCGCCCGCUGGGCGCCUGGUGGGCGGGCGCGCGUUCGAGACAUUGUGCGAGGCAGAGCUCGCGGCGACGGAGAUGAUGCCCCACCUGGUAAUGGCCGUCGUCAAGGCUCACGUGAACGGCCCCCCCGAGCCCGCGCAGAGUCGAAUGUGCAGGUUUGCGACCCGCUCAGAGAUCGCGCCCCUCUGCGCUAGCACGGAGGCGAAGCCUAAAGCGAUGGCAGCAGAGAAGGCCCUGCGGCAUCUUCACAGCGUUUCCAGGCAGAUCGAUAUCGAUACGAUUGAACGCAUUCCGAUCAUAUGUAAGGCCGACCAGUUGAUAGCAAUGUUGUUGUUAGGGAAAAAGGUGGAUGAACGAUACGCAAACAUCGAGUGCGUCGCUCACGGGUGCAUCGAGGCAUUGAAGGCACAGCACAAUGGUAGCAUCGAGAUCGACAAUCCGUAUACCUGCCAGUCGGCAAAGAACGACAGCGGUGCCGGUGGGGACUCCGUCAAUCAGACCAACUUCAGUGGCAUGCUGCAGUGCGACGUGAUGCAGAAUGGCUCCUUGCACCGCAUCGUUAUUCGGUGCCCCAUUCCGAAGUUCAUCGAGAGGUACUGCGGUACGAGGACCACAAAAGAGUUGCUCGCUGGGUGGCCCGAUGACGCAGCUUCUAGAUCUACCGAUCUCGUCGCGAUCAACAUCAAGUCAGCAAUUGCUAUGGCCAUGGUAUCUUUUACGUCGAAGUUCGAAGCCGACGGGGGCGAUCUGAUGGCAGUCAGCAAACCCAACGUGGGCAUUUUCUCUAGGAAGAAGUUCCAGGCGAAAAAGUUGAUCAUCGCGCCGACGGCUCUGACCAUCCAGCAGUGCGGCGAGAGCGAUCGCCCCUACUUCGAUGUGCCCAGCCCUGAUGAGAGGAUCGCGGGGUCCUUCGCCCUCUCGGACCCCGGCGCUAAAGCGCCGAGCCUUGCUUUCAAGAUCAGGCACGUGGACAGCGCGGAGUCGAAGCCGAUUUGCGCCAUCACUAAACAAUCGGUGGCCGUAUCUGUGGGCAACGCUAAAGUGUACGAUACCAAGAUCCCCGUAGUCACCAACGCCAUGGCUCUGAACGUUGGAGACGAGCUCACGCUUCCCAAGGUCGCGACCGCUGCCCCGAAGAG